AUUCUGCUGCUUCUCUGCCUACUGCCGUGGUUCCGGUCAGGCUCUCUGCAGCCUGCUAGUGGCUUCCUCAACUACGAGGUCGAUGAAAUGUUGCGUCAAGAAAGACAAGGAAAAGUCCAAGAGUCCAGGUCCAAUCCGGAUGUUGUGACUGUGGCAGAGUUGGGAGUGGGCCAGCCUGGACAGAGGAGGCUGUGCCCGCCGGGAAGUUUUCGACUGUCCACGAUGGAAACUUGUAUGCCAUGGCUUGGUUGUAAAGAGAUAACGAAUGAGGUGACCACUCAGCGCAGAAUCGGAAGAGGUGGUCAUAAGAAGGUUUACAAAGCUAUCUGGAGAAACCGCACAGUGGCCUACAGUAACCUGACGAAACCGGCUUAUCUCAAGUUCUUCUCGCGAAAUAUAGAGAUGCUGAAGACCCUGCAACACCCUUCUGUUUUGCAGUAUGUGGGAUCAUGCAACACAACGCUCCUUACAGAGUUUUAUCAAUUAGGAUCUGCAGACUUUAUUGAGAAUAUCCUAAAGUCGAACGCAUACAGCAAGUUUAACAAUGUCCGGACAAGAUUUAACAUGGCUCUGAGUUACCUAGAAUGUAUACAUUUCCUACACAAUAGUCCAGUUGGCACACGAGUCAUGUGCGACUCAAACAAUGUCCAUAAAACUCUAUCCCAGUUUCUUAUCACACAGGAUUUCAAACUUGUCUUAGGUGACCUGGAUUGGAUACCAGAAGUGAAUCAUGAAGCACAUCAUUUCAUUAAGUGUAGACGAGGUAGAACUUGGUCAGACUUUGUUGCCCCUGAGGAGCUUUGGCCCUUUGAAAAUGAAACAUAUGAUUACUCAAGAAUGCCUCCUUAUGAUGAAAAAUCUGACAUUUGGAAAAUUCCAGGUGUUUUUGACCACUUACUGGGAAAUGUAAAUGGAAGUGAUGUUGUCAGAUUACACUUGUUCAAAGUGCACCAUCAGUGUCAAAAUAGGGACCCCAGUCAACGACCAACUACAAACGUAUUGUUGGAGGAGUACAACAGGGUUAAGAAUAUGCCUUUUUCUGAACUUAUAACAAAUAGCAUAGUUAAUUAGACAGUAGGCAUUUCUGAGUUGUUGCAUGAAGAGCAAAGUCUGUUUAUUUAAAGCUAAAAGAGCAAUUAUUGUCAUUCAAACCUGCCACUUUUAGCCAGCCAUCUGACUAUAACAAUCACCUUUUCCUGGCCCAUUUUUUUAAGCACAUUCCUGCAUUAUUAAAAGUGACCUGCCACCUGUGAAAGAAGACCACAUUAAUAGACAGCAAACAACAUUUGUUAAAUGCACAUUAAACAUUGAGAAUUGGAUUGAAACACGCUGAACAAGAUUUUUAAAAUGAUAAAAACCUACACCACAUGAGGUCAGGUGUUGAGAUGUGUACUGGUUUAACCCUAUCUAGACUGGGCUUUUUUUAUCUUUGGGACUGGAGGGGGGGAAACUCAAACUCAAGAAUGGUAUGUAGUAUGACCGCUAAAUGUUGAGAGUGUAGAGUGAGGUGCACUAGUAAUAAUCAAUAAUAUCAACCAUUUUAAAAUCAUUAUGACGUAAUAUGACGUCAUUUUGACGUCAAUUAUGUGAUUAAUUGCCUACAACCGUUUUUCUCUUAAACUUAAUGGUAUAACACACAAGAUUACCGAAAAGUGUCAAAGAAUUUUGUGUAUUUAAUUAUCUCCUAUUGGCAGGUGCAGGGCUGUCACUUCUUACGUUUACCUUGUAGU